GGGUAUGUUGCUGCAAGCCGCCCACCAGGUGCAUCCUCCUGGUGGUCAAGCGUUGCGGUCUCUAUAUUUCGAAUCUUAUUAUUCUCCAAAACCCUUCUACACGCUGCCUUUUGGUUUUGGCAUAAACAUCUUCUUCCGAGUCCUGAGAAGGAGAGGGACACUUGGCACACCCUGCACAUUUCGCCCCCUCCCUCUUCCUCCUCCGUCGAAGAAAGAAACCAUGGGUACUUUUGGUCACUGCACUUUGCGCUCGGACGAUAUCGUCAUUAAAUCUCCGAACGAUAGGCGGCUAUACAGGCUCAUUGAGCUCGAGAAUGGGCUCCGGGCCCUUCUGGUUCACGAUCCCGAGAUUUACCCAGAUGGGCCUCCUAUAACCCUCGACGACAAGGCAGAAAGAGAGGAGUGCGAUGAGGAUGGUGAUGAAAGCGAAGGAGAGGAAGAGGACGAUGACAGUGAAGUGGAAGAAGAAGAAGAAGAAGAAGUGGAAGAAGAAGACGAGGACGAAGGUGAAGGGGAGGACCAUGAAGUUAAAGGGGAAGGAAAGAAAGGCGCUUCUUCUCAGACUAAGAAGGCAGCGGCAGCAAUGUGUGUAGGAAUGGGCAGCUUCUCUGAUCCUUUCGAGGCACAGGGGCUUGCGCAUUUUCUAGAACACAUGCUUUUCAUGGGGAGUGCUGAAUAUCCAGAUGAAAAUGAGUAUGAUAGUUACUUGUCCAAGCAUGGAGGCUGUUCAAAUGCAUACACAGAAACCGAGCAUACCUGCUACCAUUUUGAAGUGAAACGAGAGUUUCUCAAGGGUGCCUUGAAAAGAUUUUCUCAGUUCUUUGUUUCACCACUUGUGAAAAUUGAAGCCAUGGAAAGAGAGGUACUUGCGGUAGAUUCAGAAUUCAACCAGGUCCAGCAAAAUGAUGCUUGCCGUUGUCAACAACUUCAAUGUCAUACAUCAGCACCUGGUCACCCUUUUAAUAGAUUUUUUUGGGGCAAUAAGAAGAGCCUGGUUGAUGCCAUGGAAAAAGGGAUCAAUUUGCGGGAACAAAUAUUGAAAUUGUACAGAGAUCACUACCAUGGUGGAUUAAUGAAGCUUGUUGUCAUUGGUGGAGAGUCGCUGGAUGUCCUUGAGAGUUGGGUUAAGGAAUUGUUUGUUAAUGUCAGAAAAGGUUCUCAAGCAAAUCUGGAGUUUAAGGCAGAAGGUCCUAUCUGGAAAGCUGGUAAACUUUAUAGGUUAGAGGCUGUCAAAGAUGUCCAUAUCCUGGACUUAACAUGGACACUGCCAUGUCUUCAUCGAGAGUAUUUGAAGAAACUGGAAGAUUACCUAGCACAUCUCCUGGGGCAUGAGGGCCGGGGAAGCUUGCAUUUCUUUCUAAAGGCUAGAGGAUGGGCAACAUCUCUAUCCGCAGGUGUUGGUGAUGAAGGAAUGCACCGAUCAUCUAUAGCUUAUAUCUUUGCCAUGUCCAUACACCUCACUGAUUCUGGCUUGGAAAAUAUUUUCGAGAUCAUUGGCUUUGUCUAUCAGUACCUUAAGUUGUUACGUCAAGUUGCUCCACAAGAGUGGAUAUUUAAGGAACUCCAGGAUAUUGGGAACAUGGAAUUUAGAUUUGCAGAGGAGCAACCUCAGGAUGAUUAUGCUGCAGAGCUUGCAGAGAAUUUACUCCUCUAUCCAGCUGAGCAUGUUAUUUAUGGGGACUACGUAUACAAGAUAUGGGAUGAGGAAAUGAUAAAAUAUGUUCUUGGUUUCUUGACACCAGAAAACAUGAGGGUUGAUGUAAUAUCAAAAGCCUUCAAGUUGCCAGAUUCACAGCAUGAGCCUUGGUUUGGGUCACAUUACACUGAGGAAGAUAUUUCUCCAUCUUUGAUGGAUAUUUGGAGGGAUCCUCCUGAAAUUGAUCUUUUAUUGCAUCUGCCCUCGAAGAAUGAGUUCAUUCCAUGUGAUUUUUCAAUUCGUGCUAAUAGUACAUGUAAUGGUCCUGCAAAUGCAUCUUCUCCAAGAUGCAUACUUGAUGAACCGCUCAUGAAGUUCUGGUACAAGCUUGAUAAUACUUUUAGAGUUCCUCGUGCAAAUACGUACUUCCGCAUAAAUUUGAAGGGGGCAUAUGAUAACGUGAAUAACUGUCUCUUGACAGAAUUAUUUGUUCACCUUCUUAAAGAUGAGUUGAAUGAGAUUAUAUAUCAGGCCAGUAUUGCUAAGUUAGAAACAUCUGUUUCCUUUACCAGCGAUAAGUUGGAACUGAAGGUAUAUGGGUUCAACGAAAAGCUUCCAGUUCUCUUAUCUAAAGUUUUGGUAAUAGCCAAAUCUUUUUUGCCAACCAAUGAUCGUUUUAAGGUUAUCAAAGAAGAUAUGGAGAGAACUUUAAGAAAUACCAACAUGAGGCCUCUUAGUCAUUCAUCAUACUCGAGAUUGCAAGUGCUGUGCAAGAGUUUCUAUGAUGUAGAUGAGAAGCUAUGCUUUCUAAAUGACUUGUCUCUUGCUCAGUUGAAGGCAUUUAUCCCUGAGCUGCGUUCCCAGCUAUACAUUGAGGGACUUUGCCAUGGCAAUUUGUUAGAAGAAGAAGCAAUCGGCAUAUCAAACAUAUUUAGCGCAAACUUCUCUGUGCCACCCCUACCAGUUGAAAUGAGGUAUCAGGAACAUGUUAUCGAUCUUCCCUACGGUGCCAACCUCAUUAGAGAUGUUAGUGUGAAGAAUAAGUUGGAAAGAAACUCUGUAGUUGAGCUUUAUUUUCAAAUUGAGCAUGAUGUUGGGAUGGAAUCGAUCAAAUUGAAAGCUUUGAUAGACCUUUUUGAUGAAAUUGUGGAAGAACCACUUUUCAAUCAGCUGAGGACAAAGGAGCAGCUUGGGUAUGUUGUUCAAUGUAGCCCACGAGUGACAUACCGUGUUUUUGGGUUUUGUUUCAUUGUUCAAUCUUCUGAGUACAACCCUGUCUAUUUGCAAGGGAGAAUUGACAACUUCAUAAACAACUUGGAAGAAUUACUGGAUAAACUUGAUGAUAAUUCCUUUGAGAAUUACAGAAGUGGCCUUGUGGCAAAGCUGCUGGAGAAAGACCCAUCUCUCACAUACGAAAGCAGUCGGUUCUGGAAUCAAAUUAUUGAUAAAAGGUAUAUGUUUGACUUGUCAAAGAAGGAAGCAGACGAGCUCAAUAGCAUUCAUAAGACCGACGUUAUCAACUGGUACAAAAUGUAUUUGCAACAAUCAUCUCCAAAGUGUCGUAGACUUGCAGUUCGGGUUUGGGGUUGCAACACCGAUAUGAAAGAGGCUGAAAUACAACACAAGGCUGUACAGGUCAUCAAAGACGUUACAACCUUUAAGAUGUCAUCCAAGUUCUAUCCGAGCAUUUGUUGAAUAGUUUGAACAUAAGAUGAUAACAGAGUGAACUGUCUGAACUAUUGGAGUCAAGUUUUGACCACAGGUUUUAGCUGGGGUCAGUAUCAUCCCUUCCUCGUAAAGAAGUCAAAAUUAUUUGCCAAAAAAGAGGAAUUAUAGAUAUACUCGUGAGCAAAAAUUUAUCUUGAAUACCCAUCACUCAUUAAUGAGAUUAUUGUAAUUGGUACCAAUUACCUAUUACUAUAGUGUUAGUAUUUGCACUUUCUUUUUAGUGAUGAUAAUUCUAGACAUUCUUUGGAGGUGCCACAGAAAGCACUUCCCUUAUAAACGUAUCUUUUUUUUCCUAUUCUUUCAA